GCUGGAUUUCCACCGUGGGGCGGAACCAAUAGCCGCUCGGAAGCGCGAGUCACUCACUCUGGUAAUCCGUACACGUGUCAUUCCGCUACCCAAUUGUAGAGACUAGGGGCGGAAACACCAUCGAGUCUACUGUGCCUGCCCCUCAUCUCAAACUUCACAGAGAGGCAUAUGUGGCUCCCGGACGGCUGGAAUCGGGGAUUGUUUACGCUUUUGGACUACCAUCGACUUUUAAGAUGGAAUAAAGUGCAACUAUGGUGGUGAAUUCCGUGCAUUGGUUUCGCAAAGGGCUGCGGCUUCAUGAUAAUCCGGCUUUGCAGGAAGCACUCAAUGGUGCGGAUACUGUACGGUGUGUUUAUAUUUUGGACCCGUGGUUUGCAGGCUCGGCCAACGUAGGAAUCAACAGAUGGAGAUUUUUACUGGAAUCUUUAGAGGAUUUGGACACAAGUUUGAGGAAACUGAAUUCAAGGCUUUUUGUGGUGCGAGGACAGCCAGCAGAUGUCUUCCCAAGACUCUUCAAGGAGUGGAAUGUCACACGUCUCACGUUUGAAUAUGACUCUGAGCCUUAUGGCAAAGAAAGAGAUGCAGCCAUCAUUAAAAUGGCACAGGAAUACGGUGUGGAAACCCUGGUACGAAACACUCACACGCUCUACAGUCCAGACAGGAUCAUAGAAAUGAACAACCACAGCCCCCCUCUCACUUUCAAGAGAUUUCAAGCCAUUGUGAAUCGACUCGAACUUCCCAGGAAACCAUUGCCAACCAUCACUCAAGAGCAGAUGGCCAGGUGUCGGACGCGGAUCUUGGACAAUCAUGAUGAACGUUAUGGCGUACCCUCUCUCGAGGAGCUGGGUUUUAAGACUUUUAAGGGUGACAGCUCACAUGUAUGGAAGGGAGGUGAGACAGAAGCCCUGGAAAGAUUAAAUAAACACUUAGACAGAAAGGCCUGGGUAGCAAAUUUCGAGAGGCCAAGAAUAAAUGCUCAAUCACUGUUCGCGAGCCCAACUGGACUUAGUCCUUACCUACGAUUCGGCUGUCUGUCAUGUCGCGUGUUCUACUACAAUCUGCGGGAUCUUUAUAUGAAGCUGCGGAGACACUCCAGUCCACCCCUCUCGCUCUUCGGCCAGCUGCUGUGGCGAGAGUUUUUCUACACGGCAGCCACCAACAACCCCAAUUUUGACCGCAUGGAGGGAAACCCCAUCUGUGUGCAGAUACCCUGGGAUCACAAUCCCGAGGCGCUGGCUAAAUGGGCAGAGGGUCGGACAGGGUUCCCUUGGAUCGAUGCCAUCAUGACCCAGCUAAGACAGGAAGGCUGGAUCCACCACCUGGCCAGACAUGCCGUAGCUUGUUUCCUCACACGCGGAGACUUGUGGAUCAGCUGGGAAAGUGGAAUGAAAGUAUUUGAGGAGUUGUUAUUGGAUGCGGACUGGAGUGUGAACGCAGGCAGCUGGAUGUGGCUUUCCUGCAGUGCGUUCUUCCAGCAGUUCUUCCACUGUUACUGUCCCGUGGGCUUCGGCCGCAGGACGGACCCCAGCGGAGACUACAUCAGGAGGUACAUCCCGAAGUUAAAAGACUAUCCUAACCGCUACAUCUAUGAGCCAUGGAACGCUCCAGAAUCGGUGCAGAAAGAGGCCAACUGCAUUGUGGGUGUGGACUAUCCUAAACCUAUGAUCAACCAUGCUGAGAGCAGCCGGCUCAACAUCGAGCGAAUGAAGCAAGUUUACCAGCAGCUGUCGCACUACAGAGGCCUUAGUUUGCUCGCCUCAGUUCCUACGAUCCAGGAAGAGGCGGAGCCUCCCAUGUCAGAUGACUCUUAUGCCAGCAGCAGCACUGCCGAUCAAGUGUCCAGUCCUGUCCCAUCACCACACGAGCCCACCUCUGCAUCAUCAACCCCGCCCAACUCAGAGCCCUCCACCCCAAACUCAAGCCCGACAGCGGCUGCCGCAGGGGCCCACACCCAGAGGAAGAGGGGCCGGCCCUCUGGGCUCCCAUGCAAACAAGUCAAAAGUCAAGCACACCAGCCAAGCCAAAGGAGUCAAGCAGAAGACUGACGACAAGCAGUGACCACAGGUUGAGACUGCAUUUGCGGUCCCAUAUCCAAGGAAGUCGGAGGAGUCCACCUCCCUGAACCAUCAGACAGACAGAAACAGCAGGAGAAAAGUGUGAAAUGGCGCCACCUUUCGCAGAAAACAGAAACAGCACUAAUAAAAAACAAUACAGCAAAAAAGUGAAUGCUGCAGUUCGGUCAAUGCGUGUGACAAAUCCAGGACUUAUUUGUCAAACAUCCAUAAUAAAAAGCUGCUUUUGUUCCAGUUUUAACCUGCUAAACUAAACAUGAUUGUAUGAAGAUACAGAUCUGUGUCAGGUGUGUAGUUCUCUUGGCAUUACGAUCUGACAGAGAUCUAAUGGAUAUUGCUGUCACUGUUGAAAGUUUAGGGUAACGAGCAAUUCACCGAUAUAAGUAUUCAUGGAAUCUAGCCAAAUUUUAUGCAACCCAGGUUUAUGUUUGAUAAUAAAAAUGAUGAGGGAACAUUCGAAGAAACGGCCUACAGUGUUCUGACCAGGUGAAUUGAGAAUUGUAAUUUUUGUAUGAAGUCUGAUGUAGUUAGACUCUAUAACUGCUUGCAAGCUCCAAGCAACUAGUUCGCACAAGCAAUGAAGAAUUUUACUUCUUCGGUUUCUGGUUUAGUAAUUUAUCCCUGUACAUAUAUGCUUUGUGUAUGUAACUCUGAAUGCAAACAUUUCAUUGCCUUUGGCUGCACUAAAGUUUUCUCAAUUUAACAGUAUCCAAUCUUCAGUUUAUAAUUCUAUAAGCUUGAUUUAUUUACCAAGUGAUUUAACAUCUGCAGGUUUUCUAACAGUUGACGAGGAUUACAUUCCACUAAUGUGUGUUCAUAAUAAUUUAACAAUUUAAGAUGUUCUCUCUGGCAAUGUGGAACAGCUUUAUUUAUUUUUCGUCCCUUUUUCUUUUUUGUAUUGUAUAAAAGAGUUUAUUUUCAUGAAAAUGCUGAUGGGAUUGUUUAGCUGUUAUGUUUGUAGGCAGUAAUUUAUUUAUGCCCUUUCACUGCAUGCUUCUGUCAGCGA